AGAGGCCAGGUGCCCGCUCGCUCGCCCUCGUAGGGCGCCGCCCGGCUCCUUGGCCGCCGCGGCGCGGCGCGCCCCAUGCCCGUGUGUGGCCAUGUCCUACCCGCAGGGCUACUUGUACCAGCCGUCCGCCUCGCUGGCGCUCUACUCGUGCCCCGCAUACAGCACCAGCGUCAUUUCGGGGCCCCGCACGGAUGAGCUCGGCCGCUCUUCUUCGGGCUCUGCAUUCUCGCCCUACGCUGGCUCCACUGCCUUCACGGCUCCCUCGCCGGGCUACAACUCGCACCUCCAAUACGGCGCCGACCCCGCGGCCGCUGCCGCCGCUGCCUUCUCGUACGUGGGCUCUCCCUAUGACCACACUCCCGGUAUGGCGGGUUCCUUGGGGUAUCACCCUUACGCGGCGCCUCUAGGCUCCUAUCCUUAUGGGGAUCCCGCAUAUCGGAAGAACGCCACUCGGGACGCCACAGCCACGCUCAAGGCCUGGCUCAACGAGCACCGCAAGAACCCGUACCCCACCAAGGGGGAGAAGAUCAUGCUGGCCAUCAUCACCAAGAUGACCCUCACCCAGGUGUCCACCUGGUUCGCCAACGCCCGCCGGCGCCUCAAGAAGGAGAACAAGAUGACGUGGACGCCACGGAACCGCAGCGAGGACGAGGAGGAGGAGGAGAACAUUGAUCUGGAGAAGAAUGACGAGGAUGAGCCACAGAAGCCGGAGGACAAGGGUGACCUCGAGGGCCCCGAAGCAGGAGGAGCAGAACAGAAGGCGGCUCCCGGCUGUGAACGGCUACAGGGGCCGCCCAGCCCCGCCGGCAAGGAAACCGAAGGCAGUCUCAGCGACUCGGAUUUUAAGGAGUCGCCCUCCGAGGGCCGCCACGACGAGUUGCCCAGGCCCCCGCGCGCCAGCGGGCCCUCCCCAGGUGGGCCGGCAACCGCGCGUCUGUCGGAGGACGCGGGUCCUCACUAUCCCACGGGUGCGCAGGCGCCCGGCCCGCACCCACCAGCCGGAGAGCUGCCCACCGGCUCGGGCGGGUCCUCAGUCAUCCACUCGCCACCGCCACCUCCGCCGCCGCCUCCGGCCGUUCUAGCCAAACCCAAACUGUGGUCUCUGGCCGAGAUUGCCACAUCCUCGGACAAGGUCAAAGACGGGGGCGGAGGGAGCGAGGGCUCUCCGUGCCCACCGUGUCCCGGGCCCGUGGGCGGGCAAACCCUUGGAGGCAGCCGCGCCUCUCCUGCCCCAGCGCCCGCACGCUCACCCUCGGCGCAGUGUCCCUUUCCGGGCGGGACGGUCCUGUCCCGGCCUCUCUACUACACUGCGCCCUUCUAUCCGGGCUACACGAACUAUGGCUCCUUCGGACAUCUUCAUGGCCACCCAGGGCCAGGACCAGGCCCUACAGCGGGUCCCGGUUCUCAUUUCAAUGGAUUAAACCAGACGGUUUUGAAUCGAGCGGACGUUUUGGCUAAAGACCCGAAAAUGUUGCGGAGCCAGUCUCAGCUAGACCUGUGCAAAGACUCUCCCUAUGAAUUGAAGAAAGGUAUGUCCGACAUUUAACUCGGGUGCGGUACUCCCGGACUUUCCUAAUUUAUUAAAACCAUGGCCUUGGCAGUUAUUUUUCCAUCACCAAGAGAAAGAGAAAGAAAAAAUAAAUAAAUAAACUACCCCUCUAAUUCAGAAGUUUAUAGUUUAUGGAGAUGGAUGACAUAAAAAUGUAUACAUCUCCACACUCGAAAAAAAAAUUGUUUUAGCCAACUGAAAAGAAAAAAAACUUAAGAGGAUUUGUAUUAAAUCUUAUUCUGUAUAUUUAAUGUAGCAUUUUUGUAUUUAAAUUGAUAAUUCAGUAUCUUUGAAGUAAAUUAUGAAAUCAAGACACCUGUACAGGCAUUUAAUGUUUUUGUAAUAUAAAUAUAUACAUUUGUGUUCCCCCAAACUGUUUCAUAGUUUAAAAAUACAAGUUUAAUUUAA